AUGACGGACUCCAGCGUCCAGCCUGCAUUUUUUUCCUUCUUCCCCAGGAAGCGCGGUCCGCAAAAUGUACCAAGUCUACCCCCGCCGUCCGACGAGCGCAUGAGACAGUCGCUUUGCGAGUCCCCCCUCGAUCUUCAGGGUACGACGUUGUUGGACAAGGAGGAAACGGUACUGUACCUAGCGUACGGUUCCAAUUUGUGCUAUGAGACGUUCCAGGGCAGGCGAGGCAUCAAGCCUCUUGCACAAAUCAACGUUGUCGUGCCCUCGCUCCGCCUUACCUUUGACCUGCCCGGCAUUCCCUACACCGAGCCCUGUUUCUCCAACUCGGGUCUGAGAAGCCCUCUGUCUGGAAGCGACAACGAAAAGACGCCAUUGAUCGCACCUGCGUCCGAGUACCACAAGGAUUGUUGGAAGAAAGGUCUGGUUGGCGUGGUCUACGAAGUAACGCUCAAGGACUACGCACACAUAAUUGCGACCGAGGGGGGCGGCACUGGCUACAAGGACGUGCUCGUCGACUGCCAUCCCUUGGACGACGAGGACGCCGUGCCUGAGCAGCCCGUGAGCCAGCCGUUCAAGGCGCACACCCUCUUUGCGCCAACCCAAAAAGACGGGCGGCUCAAGAGGCCGGAUCCGUCCUACGCCCAGCCCUCGGCACGCUAUCUCAAGCUCAUCACCAACGGGGCAGAAGAACACGGGCUCCCCAGGGAUUACAGAGACUACUUGUACGCGAUCCGGCCGUACACCAUCACAACCAAGCGGCAGCGGGUGGGGCAGAUCGUCUUCAACGCCGUCUGGCUCCCGCUUUUCCUCGUGAUGAUAUCAAUGCAGGAAGCAUUCCAAGACAAGAACGGAAACAGCCCGAAAUGGCUGGCAGCUUUUGCCAACGCCCUUGUCAAUGCCGCCUGGGCCUCGUAUGAUGGACUCUUCAAGAAACUCUUUGGCGACGGUGAACGCACGAUGGAUAAGGACGAUGAGGAAAUGCAGGUUCAAGCAUGCUUACGCCGCAAGGUGUGCGGCGCCCAAUCCGGCGCGAGGAUAAAAUAA